CGUUGGUCUUGGCAUUGCAGCGCAUGGUUUGGUCUGGAUUCGUUUGGUUUGGUUUCGUUGGUUGGAAUUCAAAGAAACAAAAUGCAACGCCCCUUCCGUCUGCAUUGCGUUUGAGUUGCGUGGAUACGUGUCCGUGUCGCUUAUUUCUUCAUUUCCAUCUCGGACGAGGGGGGUGCCUUCUUGCCCUCCCUCAUCUUGACGACGGUGUACAGCAGGGACCCUCCGAGGACGACAAACCUAGGGGGUCGGGUUCGAAUUAGUCGUGCAAGAGGAAUCGUAUAGAAUGGUAGGGAAAGCGAUCAAAUGGAAAGAGGAGAAAGAAGUUUCGUGAGAACAAGUCGAAAGGGUGGAUCGUGCGGAGAACGCGACAGCACCUCGCGGUGCCAACGCAACGCAACUCACAGUCCCGCAAUGCCCAUAAAGGUGGCCGGGUUCUUCCAGAUGUAAAAGGCCAUCAUGCUCUGGAAGGCCGCCUUGGCCGUUCCGGAAAUGUUGUGCGAGAGCGGGCUGGUGGCCUUGAUCUGCAUGACCGUCACGAUUCCAAUGGAAAAGCCAAAUACGCCCGCCACCAUCAUGGCGCCCCAGAAGAGACCAGAGACCAUCUGCUUGUCCAGGGCGUUGUACAGAACCCCGGCCUCCAGGUAGGCAAUGAGCGGCAGAAAGAGUACCGAGGCGUUGACGUUGUUGUAAAAGGUGAGCUUCCAGUGGUCGUUGUCCACCAUCGGCAGGGCCUUCUUGGUAAAGAUCGAGUUGAGGCUGACAAAGAGCGAGGAGCACAGGCCAAAGGCGGUUCCGACGUAGGUGAAGUUGACCUCUCCCUUGGCCCCCAUAAAGAAACCGCAGAUGACCACCAGGAGGCAGGCCGCCGUGCGCAUCGACGUGGGCGUCCCGAGGAUCAGGUGGCUCAGAACGACGUUGAAAACAAUGGUGAGGCACCGCGCAAUGUUGUAGAAGGAGACCUCGACCCACUUGAGGCAGAGGUUGUUGAAGGUGAUCAUGCCCACAAAGAUCACCGAGAGGGGGAGGAUCUUCUGUCCGACGGACGGCUUGUACUCCGCCUUGGGGAACUGCGCAAAGAAACUGUUGGACUUGCCGUUGCCCUUGUCCCCGGUGAGCGGGAGCAUGUCCGGGUUCGAGGCGCCCUUGAUGGACAUGGAAAGACGCCCGGCGGCCCAGCAAAUGAGCGCCGUGGCGAUGCACUGGAACCACGUGAUGAAAAGGGGGGCCUCGAUCGACACCGCCUCGCUGGACAUGAGAAUUUUGUUCAGGUAGACCAUGGAAAUGGACACGAACCAGUAGGUUGCGACCACGCUGGCGAUGUGCUUUGUGUCUCCCAUUGUGUGAUGUUGUUGCUGUUGCUGUUGCUGCUGAUAAUGAUGUGAGUAAUGGUGUGGAUGUUGUUGCGUUGGCUGUCGGCUUGUACCGUAAGCUGCGUUGCUGGUGAUGACAGGUCGCAGUUGCUCCCUGUUCUCUCGUUUGGAAUGAUGGGAAACAAGCACAAGCGACCCAAGCUAGAUUCUGUGAU